AUGUCCAAGGAGUUAAACCUCGCCACUCCUUCCGGCAAGGAACUUGGCCGUUCAGUGAGUAACCUCGAGACCGCGAAGGGCAAUGGCCCUCAGCGUAGUCUUUUGCGCUCCGUUUUUAUUGUCAUCACUUGUACCGCCGCAAUGGUUGUUAAUAUAUCUAAUACCACCUCCGUCUCUAUCUCGCUCCCUACGAUUGAGAAGGGCCUCGAUAUCGAGGAAGAACAGCUUCAGUGGCUCGUAUCCGCAUAUUCUCUCAGUUCUGGUUGUCUUCUAUUAUUCUUUGGCAGAUUGGCGGAUCUUUAUGGAAGAAAAAAGGCCUUUAUGCUCGGUACCAUUUGCCAGGUUGCAUUUUCUCUUGGUUGUGGCUUUGCACAAGAUGGUGUGACUCUCGCUGUGUUGCGUGGCUUCCAAGGUGUUGGAGGCGCUGCUACAAUACCAUCCGCACUCGGUAUCCUAGCGCAUGCAUUCCCACCAUCAAGAGCACGUUCGAUAGCAUUCGCUACCUUUGCAGCGGGUGCUCCUGUCGGUGGCGCGUUUGGCUAUGCUCAUCGGCGGUUUCUCACGCUGCCACCCAGAACGCAUUGGCGCUCUAUAUUUUAUAUGGCCGCAGCAACUUCAGCUCUCAUUGGAGUUUCUGGUCUUAUUUCCUUCGAUGCUGACGUUCCCUCAUCGGAAGUUGUCAAACGUGUCGACUGGAUCGGCGCUUCGCUUGUCACCAUCGGUUUGGUUUUGAUUGUAUUCGUACUCGGUGAAGGAGAAAUCGCUUCGGAUGGCUGGAAAACUCCGUAUAUUAUCGCGCUCCUAGUGAUCGGGGUGAUCUUAGUCGCACUAUUCUUACUUUGGGAAUGGAAGCUGGAACAAAUCAUCGAGGAAGAUCCAUCAAGAGCGGCAUCCAUGUGGACACCGCCACCACUCAUGAAGCUCUCACUUUGGACUAGAGCAAGGGGCCGGAUGGCCGUUGUUCUCUGUAUAGCGUUCUUAAAUUGGAGUGCUUUCAUUGGAUGGAGCUUCUGGGUCCAGCUGUAUUAUCAGAACUACCUGUUAUUGUCGCCGGUCAAGACUAUGAUCCGUUUCAUUCCCAUGUUUAUUGUCGGCUGUUUAUGCAAUUUUUUCGUGGCAAUGGUCGUUUCCAAAUUGCCCCUGGUUAUCUUUGUAGGCAAUGCAGUCAGCGGAUCACUCUUGACGGCAACUGCCACCAUCCUAUUCGCCCUUAUUGACCCGACCGUCACAUAUUGGGCCUUCUGUUUCCCAUCCACGGUUCUCAUCGUGUUCGGCGCUGACUUUGUGUACUCCGCCGGGACUAUCUUCAUUGCCAAAACCUCGCUCCCACAUGAACACAGCGUAGCUGCAGCUCUAUUUCAAACUAUGACACAGAUUGGCACGGCCUUCGGUCUAACUAUAUCCACGAUCGUGUUCAAUAGUGCGGUUGAUAAGGAGUCUGCCAAACUCGGUGUUACUGUUAACGCUAGCGGCACUAACGCGCCCAUGUCUGCACAACUCGUGGGGUACAAGGAUGCGCAGUGGACUUCUACAUCAUUCGCCUUGAUGGGUGCGCUACUGGCAGCGCUUUUCCUCUGGAGUGUUGGUAUCGUUGGACACCAAAGGGUUAUCAGACACGUUGAUUCCGAUGAGACUAUGGCUAUGAAGCACGAGCCUAGCAGCGCUGAGAUAUCCCCUAGGCCCAACUAA